UUGUGCUUUUCACACUUAGCAGCAGCAGCACCAGGCUGGGAGUGGUGAGCAAAUUGUGCAACAUGCAGAUGGCAUCUGUGCUUUCUCCCUGCCCUACAGGAUCCAAGUCCAGCUUUCUGUGGAGGGCAGCAAGGGCCAGGAAGGUAGAGGAGCCUGCAUUGUGCUAGAAGGAGCCUUGGAUCUAUUGUAUUGAAGCUGAUUCUAUCUGUAGUAGCUGAGACUCGCUGUGACUGUGGCUGGGAUCACUGCUCACACUGGGAUUGCACAGGGAGAGGGGACAGACUCCUGUAGCUGGUGGCUUUGGAUCACAGAUUGCUGCUGGCCAGGGGAUAAAGGUGGCCUCACCAUGGGCAAUGCAGGCAGUAUGGAUUCCAAUCAGACUGAUUUCAAAGCGCACAACAUGCCACUUAAACUGCCCAUGCCUGAACCAGGUGAACUGGAGGAGAGAUUUGCCAUUGUACUGAACGCUAUGAACCUGCCUCCGGAUAAAGCCAGAUUACUGCGGCAGUACGACAACGAAAAGAAAUGGGAACUCAUCUGUGAUCAGGAAAGGUUUCAAGUCAAGAAUCCACCACAUACUUACAUCCAGAAACUGAAAGGAUAUCUGGAUCCAGCAGUAACCAGAAAGAAAUUUAGGAGGCGAGUACAGGAAUCCACUCAAGUUUUACGAGAACUGGAAAUAUCUUUGAGAACAAACCACAUUGGGUGGGUGAGAGAAUUUUUGAAUGAAGAAAAUAAAGGCUUGGAUGUUCUGGUGGAAUAUCUUUCCUUCGCACAAUACGCAGUCACGUUUGACUUUGAAACUUUAGAAACUAAUGUGGAAAAUAAUGUGGAUAAAUCCAAGCCUUGGAGUCGGUCCAUCGAGGACUUACAUAGAGGAAGUAAUUUACCGUCACCUGUUGGGAAUAGCAUUACUCGAUCAGGCAGACAUUCUACGUUACGGUAUAAUACUCUUCCAAGCAGGAGGACUCUAAAAAACUCAAGAUUAGUAUGUAAAAAAGAUGACGUACAUGUCUGUAUCAUGUGUUUACGAGCGAUAAUGAACUACCAGUAUGGCUUCAACAUGGUCAUGUCCCAUCCACACGCCGUCAAUGAGAUUGCAUUAAGUCUAAACAAUAAGAAUCCCAGAACAAAAGCACUUGUAUUAGAACUGCUGGCAGCCGUUUGUCUUGUCCGUGGAGGGCAUGAAAUCAUUUUAUCAGCGUUCGAUAACUUCAAGGAGGUUUGUGCAGAAAAACAGCGCUUUGAAAAACUCAUGGAACAUUUCAGGAAUGAAGAUAAUAAUAUAGAUUUUAUGGUGGCAUGUAUGCAGUUUAUUAACAUCGUAGUUCAUUCCGUAGAAGACAUGAAUUUCAGAGUCCAUCUUCAGUUUGAAUUUACCAAGUUAGCUCUGGAUGAAUUUUUGGAUAAGCUGAAACACACGGAGAGUGACAAGCUUCAAGUCCAGAUCCAGGCUUAUCUAGAUAAUGUGUUUGAUGUCGGAGCCCUUCUAGAGGAUGCAGAAACCAAAAAUGCAGCCCUGGAAAGAGUUGAAGAACUGGAAGAAAAUAUUUCUCAUUUAUCUGAGAAACUUCAAGACACAGAGAAUGACGCUAUGUCAAAAAUCGUAGAACUGGAAAAACAACUCAUGCAGAGGCAUAAGGAACUGGAACUGGCUCGGGAAGUUUGCAAAGAUGCAAAUACCCAGGUGAAUACAUUAAGAAAAAUGGUUAAAGAAAAGGAAGAAGCCAUACAAAGACAGUCCACUUUGGAGAGAAAGAUUCAUGAACUGGAAAAGCAAGGGACUAUUAAGAUUAAAAAGGAAGGGGAUGGAGAUAUAUCUAUAACGCCACUGGUGACCUCAGGAGCAGUGCCUUCGGGUACCGAGAUCACAUCUGGAACAACCUCUGGAACUAUUAUCUCAGUUUCUGGGCAUACAGCACCAGGUGGUGCUUCAAAUGUCUCAGGAAUUUCCGAAUGUGUGUCUUCGGCAACUUUGCCACCUCCUCCUCCUCCUCUACCGUCUGAAUCUGGGGCAGUGCAAAAUGGUCCUAUGUCAGGUUCAGCCCCAUCUCCACCCCCUCCUCCUCCACCUCCGCCACCACCACCUCCACCACCACCUCUCCCAACCUCAGAGCCAUCCAUUCCUCCACCCCCACCUCCGCCAGGGGCCCCACCACUGCCAGGUGCAGCAUCUCCUACAGUCAUCUUCAACUCAGGACUUGCAGCUGUGAAAAUUAAGAAGCCUAUCAAGACGAAAUUCCGCAUGCCGGUUUUCAACUGGGUUGCUCUAAAACCCAAUCAGAUCAAUGGAACAGUGUUCAAUGAAAUUGAUGAUGAGAGGAUAUUGGAGGAUUUAAAUGUCGAUGAAUUUGAGGAGAUAUUCAAGACGAAAGCCCAAGGACCAGCCAUUGAUGUCACCUCCAACAAGCAAAAAGCAGCACCGAAAGGAUGCAAUAAAGUGACGUUACUGGAAGCAAACCGGGCGAAGAACCUCGCAAUCACCUUGAGAAAAGCAGGCAAAACACCAGAAGAAAUUUGCAGAGCAAUCCAACUGUUUGACCUGAAAACUUUACCUGUGGAUUUUGUUGAGUGCUUGAUGAGGUUCAUGCCAACCGACUCUGAAGUGAAAGUCUUACGGCUUUAUGAACGAGAGAAGAAGCCUCUGGAGAAUUUGACAAAUGAAGAUCGAUUCAUGCUCCAGUUCAGCAAAAUCGAAAGGUUGAUGCAAAAGAUGACCAUCAUGGCAUUCAUUGGAAACUUCACAGAGAGCAUUCAGAUGCUGACACCGCAACUUCAUGCAAUAAUCGCAGCAUCGGUUUCUAUUAAAUCAUCUCAAAAGCUCAAGAAAAUACUUGAGAUAAUAUUGGCCCUUGGAAACUAUAUGAAUAGCAGUAAGCGGGGCGCAGUGUAUGGCUUUAAACUUCAGAGUUUAGACUUGCUUUUAGAUACCAAAUCCACAGAUAGAAAACAGACACUGUUGCACUAUAUAUCCAACGUGGUACGUGAAAAGUAUUCGCAAGUAGCUCUCUUCUUCAAUGAACUUCAUUACGUGGAAAAAGCUGCAGCAGUUUCUUUAGAAAAUGUCCUCUUGGAUGUGAAAGAGUUGCAGAGGGGGAUGGAUUUAACAAAGAGAGAAUUUACAAUGCAUGACCACAAUAUCAUGUUGAAAGAAUUCAUUCAUCUCAACGAAGGGAGACUCAAAAAAUUGCAGGACGAUGCAAAAAUUGCCCAGGAUGCCUUUGAUGAUGCAGUGAAGUAUUUUGGUGAGAAUCCUAAAACAACUCCACCAUCGGUUUUCUUUCCAGUCUUCGUCAGAUUUGUGAAAGCCUACAAGCUCGCUGAUGAGGAAAAUGAACUGAGGAAAAAGCAGGAACAAGCACUGAUGGAAAAACUUCUCGAACAGGAGGCAAUGAUGGAUCAACAGGAUCAAAAGUCACCGUCCCAUAAAUCCAAAAGGCAGCAACAAGAAUUAAUUGCAGAGUUAAGAAGGCGACAAGUUAAGGACAGUAGACAUGUAUACGAGGGAAAAGAUGGCGCUAUUGAAGAUAUCAUUACAGCCCUAAAGAAGAACAAUAUAACUAAAUUUCCAAAUGUUCAUUCGAGGAUCUUAGAAGCCAGCCGUACAGAAGAGCCGAUGCGGUGAGGAGAAGCGUGCGAAAACGUUUUGAUGACCAGAACAACAUGCGCUGUUUAAAUGGUGCUGAAAUACCCAUAUGACCUGGAGAUAUACAGCGUAAAACAGAGACAGUGUGGGUGACAGAGAGCUCUACUGCCUUCAUGUGACUGCAGGUUUUGCAAAGAACGCAUUUUACCUUUGAACGGCAAGGCUCAAAGUAAAAAAAAAGCGCAUAUGUUAAAAUGCGUUGGGAUCUCCAAUGGAACUGAUAUAUAUUCAGCUGUAGCUAACAAGUGCCUAAAACUAAAAUACCUGUUCAGAAUUAUCAAAGCAAUAUGACUUGAUUUGAUCGGGUAUUCUCUACUCCAAUACUUUACUCAGUAUUUUUAACCAAAAUGUAAAAUACAUUUGACUUUUUGUUACAUGCAAUUUAUUAAUGGGCAAUGUUGGUUUCUCGUUAGUCUAUGAAUAAGUUACGCUGGUAUACGACCUGCUGUGGACUUUUCGAAGGGGCCUGUUCACAAAAAUGUUUGCACUUAUUUGGUCUUUAAUACUCAAGGGCUUAUGGUGUGUGUGAAGGAAUACAUUUAAAAUGAACCUGCACCUUUAAACAAUAUACACAUCUCAAUAAUUGUAUGAACUGGGAGUGUUCCAAAAUACACUCAAUCAACUGCCGAAAUCAUGCUAGCUAUUACUCCAUACCCAUCCAAUUGGUUUAUCAUUUGUGGGCAAAAGUUGUCCAUAAGUCACAUGACAGGAUGUUUUUAUUUUUUAUUACUUAUUAACUAGUACUAAGUAAUUAAU